AUGGAGCAGAAGAUAACCUCAUUACUCAAUUGGUUGCAUACGUCACCAGAAUUCUACCUGAAUGAGAAUGUGACCAUUAAUGAAACGGAAGCCUCCGGAAGAGGUGUUGUACUUUGUAAGAAUAAACUAGUCAAGAAUGACUUGAUCAUAUCAGUCCCCACAACCCACCAGAUAAAUUUCCAUACCGUACUUUAUCAUAUUUCAAAGUUUAAUCCUGAUUUGUCCAUACCUAGUGUAACUGUAAAUGAGGGAAGCAUCGAUAUUGAUGACCCUAGAAAUGAGGCAUAUAGCAUUUUAGAGCAGGACUUCCUAUUAGAAUUAACAUCAUUUCAAUUAUUAUGUCUUUAUAUUAUUGCAGAAUGGAUUCUUUUACCAGUUUGGUCCAAUGAUGCAACGGUCUCCUACUGGAAACCAUUUUUUGAUGUAUUGCCAGCGAAAGAAGAAUUGAGAUCUAUACCUACUAAGUGGAAUCUAAUGGACGCAUCUCCGUACAAACCUUUAAUACCGUUUCUAUCUGAUGCAUCUUUUUCCCAUACUGAAAGAAUCAGUAAAUUAGUAAAAAACGAUUGGGAGAUCAUUGCACCUAUUUUGUUGACUUGGAACAAUAUGUUUAGCCACAAGGUGAAAGACGUACCUUCUAUGGAAGAACUAUAUUUGGAAUAUCUGCACGUAUAUUUUGUGAUAAAUUCGAGAUGUCUUUACUAUGAAAUUCCAAUAAAGAAAAAUAAAGAUAUAGCUAGCAACUUUACAUUAGUUCCUUAUGUCGAUUUUCUUAAUCAUGUACCAGAAGUAGGAGAACAUUGUUAUCCCAGUCUUACUACCACAAAGCAUGAAACUGAGCUGAAGGCAUUUACUAUCAGGUGUGGAGAGAAAGGGUAUAAUCAGGUUGGAGAGGAAAUAUUCCUAAAUUAUGGUGCUCAUUCCAAUGAUUUCUUAUCAAAUGAGUAUGGGUUCGUCUUAGAGAAUAAUGAAUGGAACUUUAUUGACGUUUCUGAGGAAAUUCUAGAAAUGACUGAAGGCAAUCUGGAAACUAUUUCUUUUUUGAAAGAAAAUGAAUAUUGGGGUGAUUAUACCAUAAAUUUUGAUGAUAUAAGUUAUAGAAUAUGGGUAACGAUGAGUCUAAUAGUUACAAAAGAUAUACGACGUGUGGAGAAAUUCAUACAGGGGUUCAUCUCGGAAGAUUUUUUCAGACCAAAGAUUCGUGAACCGUUAAUACACUUACUCUCCAGUCUGAAAAAAAAGUAUGAAGAAAGAAUAAUAAAUCUAACUCAAAUGCGUUUGCAUGAUAUCAAUGAUACAUGGUGUAUUGAUAAUCUCCUGAUAAUAUAUAAUGAUUAUCUUUACAUUCUUGAUCACCAUAUCAGUGCUUUGGGGGAAAUUAAUGAAAAGUAA